AUGGUUCACAAGGUGCUCUUCUGGGGCGGACUCGGUGUCGGCGUGAGGCUAUGGCAGCUCGGCAUCGAGAUGCGCCCCCUCUUCAACCGCGAAUCGCUCUGGGUGUACCCCGUCUUCGCAGGCAUCGGUGGUAGCUUUGGAUACUGGCUCAUGGGCGUCGAGCAGCGACAAUGGAGGGUAUUGGCCGACCGACGAGACGCCCUGCUCGAGAAGCGUGCACGAAGGAAGGAGCGCGAGGAAGCUGCGGUGCAGGAGGCAUAA